GUCUGUACAUCAUUAAAUUGUCAUUUCUAUACUCUUCGGCCUUUUGGCAAAUCACAUUGAAUUUGAAGCAAUUUUCCUUCCGACAAUCUCUAAAUUCUUACCUAAUUAGUACUUUUGGAGACUAAUGUUCUGCUCGAGAUUCGAAACUAGGAAACUAAUAAAAAUCGGACCUGUUACUUACCAAAACUACAAAAUAAAAAUCGCACCUUUAGAAAUCGCCUUGUCACAAAUUUGAUUUCUUGCCGAUUUGUCAUCAUCUUCUUCAGAUUUCUUCAAAUGCCGAAGAAAGUAGUGAUUCCGUCUCUGGCGAUGAGUCCUCUACAUCAAUGGAGAUUAAGUGCGCUAACAUCUCUCGUCUUCUUCCUCAUAGUUGUUGUCUGGAGCAUUGACAGUUGUUCAAUCAGAAGCUUCAUCAAAUCAUGGAGAUUCAACUCUUACUCUAUACGACUCACUUCUCCUCCUUCUCUGGAUCUGGAUCCGACCCGAGUAAAGCUUGCCUGGAUCUCCGUCGAGCAAGAGCAGAACUUCACAGCGAAUGUACUCAAAAACUGGUUAGCUCCGGGUGGAGAGAAGUGCAGAGAAGCAAACACCGUUGAGAUUUCUGUUCCGGGAAUCGAAGGGAAGGGUUUAGUAGAGUUAACGGCUGGUGAGAUUCACGAAUUCAGAUUUCAUUCUCUAGAUGAUUCUGGGGAACGAGUUUGUAUCGGUGGAGAUUACUUCGAGACUGAUCUUUCCGGUGAAAACUGGAAAUCAAGACCACCGGUGAAAGAUUUAGGAAACGGAACUUACUCUUUAUCUCUUCAGAUUCAUCCUGAUUUCGCCGGAGAUUAUGAUCUCACCGUUGUUUUACUCUUCCGUCGCUUCCAAGGUCUUAAACUUAGCCCUGCACGCUUCGCAUUCAACAGAACGCUACGAAAUUUCAAACUACGGUUUAUCAAGAAACCUCACGUUGUUUUACCGGAGCUCCGGAGAUGUGAAUUGUCCGAUUUCGACAGAGAUGUUUGGUCUGGCCGGUGGAUUAGGCUUGGUAAGAACGACGAGUGUGAAAUCAGCAAUGAUGGACGUUACCGUUGCUUACCAGAUGGUUACCGUUGCCGGGAACCAUGGUGCGACGGAGCUUUAUCGGCGUUAGAAAGCAAUGGUUGGGUUUACUCGAGUCAUUGCUCGUUUAAGCUAUUCUCUAGUGAAUCAGCUUGGGAUUGUUUGAAGAACAAAUGGAUUUUCUUCUGGGGUGACUCUAAUCAUGUUGAUUCGAUCAGAAACUUGUUGAACUUUGUCUUGGGUCAUCCGGAGAUUGGUGCUGUUCCUAGGAGGUUUGAUUUGAAGUUCUCGAAUCCGAAGAACUCAUCGGAAACAGUUAGGAUCACGAGUAUCUUCAAUGGACAUUGGAACGAGACUCAAAACUAUCUAGGUCUUGAUUCACUUGAAGAUGAUAGCUUUAGAGAAUUGCUUAAAAGCUAUUUCGUCGAAGAGACCGGUGUACCGGACGUGAUGAUCGUUAACUCGGGUCUACACGACGGUAUUCACUGGUCUAACCUUAGAGCAUUUACGAAAGGAGCAGAAACCGCGGCUGCGUUCUGGAGGAACGUUUUCGACUCGGUGAAAGCCCGGGGAUUGCGACCUCCGAAAGUGAUUUUCAGGAACACGAUAGCGACGGGCGGUUACGCGAGGAAGCUUGCGUUUAACCCGAGCAAGAUGGAAGUGUACAAUGGGGUGUUUUUAGAGAAAAUGAAGGGGUUAGGAUUGGUCUCAAGUGUGAUUGAUAACUUUGACAUGACGUAUCCGUGGCAUUUUGAUAACCGGUGUAACGAUGGCGUUCACUAUGGAAGACCUCCGGCGAAAGUGCGGUGGAUAGACGGCGAGAUUGGGCAUCAGUACUUUGUUGAUCUCAUGCUUGUUCAUGUCUUGUUAAAUGCAGUUUGUCUACGUUAGAGUAGAGGCUAGAGAGAGCUGCUUUAAAUUUAAGUUUGGUUUAGGACUUAGGAAGAUUCUUUUAUUUGUCUCGUGUAGACUUUUCUUGAUUAUGUUAGCCUUAAAAUUCGGUAUUUAGUCACAAGCUGAAGACAAAUAAAUCGUCAUCUUUCUUUCAUUGACAAAUCAUCCGAUUACGCAUUGUUUUCUCUUUUCAAAACUUGGUCAUUCAAAUAAAAAAAAUUAUAAUUCCAUUUG